GUAGCCGGAAGUUUCGCUCAUCUUCCCUGGCGCUUGUUCCAUUUGUGUUUAAGAAAAAGCCUGGUCUUUGCCUGUGAUACUCAACGUUAGUGGAAUAAUAUGCACAUUGUGAAUUUUUAGCAUUGUUCAUAAGCAAAAUGGAGAGAUAUUCAAACGACGUUCCUACACCGAUCGCGGAUUUCAGAGGGAACGAUGGGUCACUGGUAUCAGCACUCAAGACUUUGCUGUUUUUCACUAUCUUGAUGGUCACGAUGCCAAUUGGAUUAUACUUCGUGUCAAAAGCAUAUGUCUUUGAAGCGUCCAUGGGCAUGUCCAACAACGACAGCUACUUCUAUGCUGCCAUCGUGGCGGUGGUUGCUGUGCAUGUGGUGCUGGCGCUGUUCGUGUAUGUGGCCUGGAACGAAGGAUCGCGGCAGUCACAUGAAGGAAAGCAGGACUAAAAGAGAGAGAGAGAGAGAAUGAGGGAGAGAAUACACAAGAGAGGGGGGGUACUGUGGAAGCGGAGUAGGCCGUAGUGUGUUUCUAGGUCAAUGUUAUGCUUGCCUGAAAUUACAGUUCGCACCAGUAGUGAGUGAAUCACCUAAUGUGAUACACAAUCGCUUCCUCAAAUCACAGCCUCCUGUGUGUGUGUGUGUGUGUGUGUGUGAGAGUCUGUGUGUGUAUGUCUGUGUAUGUGUGCAUACAUGUGUGUGUAGAGCACUGCAGUGUGGAAUACACACAACAGCAGUGCCUGCUGGAUAGUUUCCCAGGGUCUGGAGCUUCCCAUAUCACGGCAGGGACCCUUCACAAUGGAUCAAGGAAGCUAAGGCUGGGGAAACAUUUAUUCCUUUUCCAAUGAAUUGGUAUCAGGCGGUAUUUAAUAUGACCACAAACUCUUAAAAAUUAAAUGGAACAAUAGUUCCUGUGAUAUAAUAGACCUUAGGUACUGCAGCUGUGACAAAUGGUCUUCACUCAAAAGCAGAAAAACCUGUUACUAACCAGUAUACUUAGCACCACAGAGCUAAAACAACUGUUUCCAUUUCAAUGACUGAUUUCUGCUUGUUCACCGUUUAUAUAAUUUGUUUGGCUGCAACAAGCUCUGUCAUGGAUAGAACUGAAUGAAGAGGGCUUUGUGGUCCUUUGGUUCUCAUGAAGAAUACCUCAUGCUGUCCAUCACACAUACUUCCCCUAUGAAUCGACCAUCCUCAAACCAGCGAUGCUGAAAAAUAAGGCAAGCAUCCUGGCUGUCCAUCAUAACUCAAAAAACUGUGUAACUUAGUAAUCUGUGGUCCAUUCACUUUUCCGUUUUUGAUUUUGUUUCGUGCAAAUGUGUUGUCUGUGCUGCAACUUAUUUUUUCCCCCCUGUUGAUUAUAAUCAGAAGAAUUGUCAUGGUUAUUUGAAAAUGUAACAAGUGACUCUUAAGGUUGUGUUAAAUAUUUUUCGAUGUGAUGAAUAAAUGAGCUCAACGUGCUCAAAAACA